GUGACGUCACAGCCUCUCUUAAAGCGAAAGUGCUGCCUAACUUUCUUGUCUUUGAACACCGGUUUUCUUCGUUUUCCAGGACUCACAAAGUCUUCACAGUUGUCAGUUUUGUGUGCAGAUCUGAACUGGCUUGCACAGAGCCCUGACCUCAACCUCACCCAACACCCCUGUGAUGAACUGGAGCAGCGACUAUGACCCAGUCCUUAUCGCCUCUUAUCAGUGGCAGACUUCACUCAUGGUCUUAUAAGGCUGUAAUGUUCAGCUUGGCUGAAAACUCAGACGGCCUGAAGAGAGGGCACCAUGCUCCGUUGCAGGAGGUGUCGCAGAGGCAUCAUAGACUCAACAUGUUUGUCAAUGGUUGAGGCCACAGAUGAAAGCUCAGCUGCUGUUUGCAGUAUUUGGCACGUGAAUGUUGACACACUUCCAGAGUGGAUACUGACCUCAGUUCAUCAGGCUCAGUGGACUGUUGGAAAACUGAACUGCCAGAACUGCGGAGCUCGUUUGGGGGGUUUCAAUUUUAUUAACCGCAGCGAGUGUCCCUGUGGCCUUGACGCCACGGUCCACCUCAACAAAAGCCGCGUGGAUCGUGACCACAAACACUGCGUUCUCAUCGUCCAGCCGAGGAGGACGAGGCCUGAGAAGGAACGGGCUUGUCUGCUGACAGACUGCUCUCAGAACAGACGGCAGAGGCCUGAACUCAACAGGACCGCACUGGACAGUUUACAGCUUAACUGUGCUGCGGUCAUGUCCCACAUAAGUGCUGCUGAGGCCUCUAACUCACUGACUGACAGUGAAAACACCCAUUCAUUUUCUUUCAGCCCUCUGUACUGCCUUUCUCAUAGGAGACGGUGCAGUUUGGAAGACGAUGCCGCCAUCAGGUCCUCAUGUUUUUGCCCAGCAGUUAAGCCUGCUGUUCAGAGUGCAAUUACAGGAACACAUGAGUGUACAGAGUCACCCAUCUCAUAUCCCACAAGUCAGCAGUUUGACACUAAUGGUGAAGCCUCAGUCAACGCUGUCCCCUGCCGUUCGUUUAUUUCUGGAAGGACACAGUCACCUCUGGAUCGACAGCCGCUGCAAACUGUGGAGGACGUUGAGUCUUCUCCAGAGACCGCGGCUGUCCACGAGGAGCUUUCUGAUUCAGCCCCGUUACUGAGAGCGAGGUCCAUCUCUGACACUGUGGCCGAGCAGGACGAGGAAGUGGUGCCUCAAGGCUUUAUGGCCUCCACAGACUCAAACAGACUGAGCAAAAGGGAGAAGAACCGUUUGAAAAGUCUUCGGAGGAAACAGAGGAGGAGAGAGCGAUGGCUGCACAGCCAGCUGGAGCAGGUCGAGAGUGUGAGCGCUUCACUGUUGGACAGUGAGGAGGAGGACAGAGAGGGCCUCACCUGCGCCGUGUGUCUCGAGGUCUACUUCAGCCCGCACAGCUGUCAGCCCUGCGGUCACGUCUUCUGCGAGCCGUGUCUCCGCACGAUCGCCAAGAACCGGCCGACAAACACUCCCUGCCCUCUCUGCCGCACCCUCAUCUCACACACCACAUUCCACAAAGAGCUCAACCAAACAGCCGAGACCUUCUUCCCGAAAGUGUACUACGCCCGCAAGCAGAACUUUCAGAAUGCUUCGUGUGCAAAAUGGUCUCUGCCCAGCUGUCGCAAACGCUUCCGUGCCUUCUGGGGAGAACAGAGACAGGCUGCUGCAGCAGGGAGACCCUGGCACUUUGUCCAUGGAGGUUUCACACUGGAUGCUUUGCACUUCACCGAUAUGCGCGGCUGGCUCUUCGACAUCGGCCUCGUCAUCGUCUACAUCCACUCAGUCAACUGGAUCGUGGCUUUCCUCUUCCUCUGUUUCCUCAUGUACUACUACUUCUUUUGAGACACAGAGGCUUGCUCAAGAGUUUGGAGAACAGGUUUAUAUUCUUUUCUUUAAAGUCACCAGUUACUUUAGUGGUUAAGUAUCACAGAAAUAGGAGAAAUGGUUUUGGCACAAAGGAGCAGGAAUCCGAACAUUAGCGUGUUCGAACGUGUUUCAAAAAGUUUACAAUAUGCUAACCUUAAAAAUCUGAUGAUGAUUUAAAUAGAGCUUAUUUUUGCCAGUGUUAUGCACCCAUGGUGUUAGUGCAAUAUACACUGUGAGUUGUUCUGAUCUACAGAAAUAAUGGGUAAGUCUGGAGUUCAUAAAAAUGCCACGGCCUGAAGCAAAUAGGCGUUACUUCUGUUUAAUCUGUUACUUUUGACAUCAGGAAGACUUCGUCAAAUGUGUGCUGUUUGUUAGUUAAACCUUUGGUUUAUGAUAGGACUAUUUGAUAAUAGUGGUAGUGAUGAUCAGCAAAAAAUUGUUUCAGCAUGUAACAAAUGAAUCAAACAAAAAAGAUACAACUUGCUAAUCAGUGAGCUUCAGCAGUGCCAAUGGGUUUAUUUUAAACUUUUGCAGUGAAAUGCACUGCUGAGAAAGUUUUACUUCUAUAUAUGUACAUGUUUUAUUUACCAAGGAGAGGGAUGCUCAGGAACAGGAACAGGUAAAGACAGUAGCAAUUAUUAUGGAUGUGAAUGAUUUCAGUAUGGUGCCUUUGCUCAGUCUGUGCCUUCUGUUAACAAGUAAUAUGAAACAGGAAGUGAGCUGCUUUAAGUUUUAGCUUUCUAGAAAAAAAUAAAAAUAAAGCUUUCAAUGAACAUUAAUUGUCUGUUUUUGAAGGAAAGGUGGCAUAAAUUUAAAAGGGCUCCUCCCAAAAGUGAUUUUUCAGAAAUAUUUAUUUUGAGCAAUACAACAUCCUUUGUUAAAACAUCCAUUGUAAAAGUGAUUUAAAAACUAAAAAAUAAAC